UUUCCAUCUCCCUCCCGUCAUCAUCAUCUCUCCUCCUGUGCCUUUCUCUCUCUAGCCAGCCAGCCAGAGCGGAGAGGAGGGUGGGGCGAAAGCCAGCCGCCACUAUUUAGUUUAGUCGCUACUAGGCUACUGGUUCCUGCCUGCCCGUGUGUGCUCGGCUCACAAAAGCUGGGAGCUAGGGGGGAGGAAGGGAGAGCUCACCGGAGGCAAUGGAGACGGGCAGCAGCGGCGGCGGGCGACGACCCGGUGACGACGCUCACGGGCUCAACUUCGGCAAGAAGAUCUACUUCGAGCAGGACGGUGCUGGCGGGAGCGGGACCUCCGCUGGCGGCGGCAGGAGAGGCAGGGGCGCCGCGCCGAGCGCCGGCCCAGCUGGAGGAGGAUCCGCCGCGGCCGGCGGCAACGCCUCGCAGCAGCCGAGGUGCCAGGUGGAGGGGUGCGGCGUGGAUCUGAGCGGCGACAAGACCUACUACUGCCGCCACAAGGUCUGCUCCAUGCACUCCAAGGCCCCGCUCGUCGUCGUCGCCGGCAUCGAGCAGCGCUUCUGCCAGCAGUGCAGCAGGUUCCAUCAGUUACCUGAAUUUGACCAAGGAAAACGAAGUUGCCGCAGACGCCUUGCCGGUCACAAUGAGCGCCGGAGGAAGCCCCCACCUGGACCUCUGGCUGCACGCUAUGGCCGGCUUUCCGGAUCCUUCCAAGACCCAGGCAGGUUCAGAAGCUUCCUGCUAGAUUUCUCCUACCCAAGGGCCCCAAGCAGCGUCGGGGAUCCAUGGCCAGCAAUACAGCCGGUCGACCACCGCAUGCCUGGCACUGCCCACUGGCAAGGCAGCCAUGAACAUCACCAGCCCCAUCGUAGCGCAGUUGCGGGAUACGGCGACCACCACGCGUACAACGGCCAGGGAAGCUCCUCAGGGGGAGGCGGCGCACCGUCGAUGAUCCCGGGCUUCGAGCUUCCCUCGGCCGAAUGUAUCGCGGGAGCGGCCGCCGACUCCAUCUGUGCUCUCUCUCUUCUGUCAACUCAGCCAUGGGAUCAUAGUGCCCACAGUGCCACCCACAACAGGUCCCCGGCAAUGUCGACGACCAGCGCCUUCCAAGGCAGCCCGGUGGCGCCCUCCGUCAUGGCCAGCAACUACAUGACAGCCGCAAGCAGCAGCGGCGGUUCCUGGGGCAGCCCCCGGGGCCAUGGAGGCGCCAGGAACAUGCAGCAGCACCAUCACCACCUUCCGAAUGACACUGUCAUGACCGAGGUACAUCCGCAUCAUCCAGGCUCGGUUCACCACCAUGGCCAGUUCGGCGAGCUCGAGCUCGCGCUGCAGCAAGGAAGGGCCGCACCGAACCCGCCGCACGUCGACCAUGGGUCCGGUGGCGCCUUCAGCCACUCUAGCAAUGCCAUGAACUGGUCUCUCUAGUAGUAGUGAUGCCCCGUACGUACCGUCACGCGCGCCAAAGAGACAUGGAACAUUGGGCGGCCUGAGUUUUGUGCGCCUUCCACUUGCCGAUUUGUAUUUCAGGAUCGGGAGGAAAUACGUUAACUGGUAGAGCUAGCAGGGAUUUCCUUCCGUGGAGCCCAAUGUGUCCAUGAACUGAACACCCCAGCACCUUUAAUUCGCUUGUAAGGACUAUAUAUU